AUGCGACCCUCCAGGUGGCCUCGGCCUUUGCUCUCAGCGCAGCGUCCUCUGCUCUUCGAGCCACGGCCGUCGUGCCGUCUCCCACAUUGCCGCUAUAGGCUCAACAGCACCGCUCCUUCUCCAGUUGAUACCCAAGGUCGUACAGUCUAUUAUGAACCUCCCUCUACAUACCUUGGAACGGACGAACGCAUACCGUUUGAUCGUUGGUUACAGCCAGGACUCGUGUCAGCUCUGCGGGAGACAUUCCCAGCUGUGAAGUAUGCGACCAAGACGCAGCGUGAGCUGUUCAAAGCGGUGAUGCUGGGGCAGGACGUCAUGCUGCAGACACCGACGGGGAGCGGAAAGUCGUUUUCUCUCAUGCUGGCGACGCUCUCCAAAGAGCCCCAGGCCCUCGAUGCGCAGAACAUAACGUCUCUCAUUAUCGUCCCGCAUAGAGAUUUGGCGUACCAAUAUUAUCGCUGGAUCCAGCGAAUCCAUGAAGCCAUCCCUGAGAUAGGUUCCCUGGACUCUGUCGCUCAAAUACUCGUACGGGGUGCCUCAGUCCCGCUCGAGGACCGUCUGCGUGUAUUGCGUGAAGAACCCCCGCACAUCCUCAUUGGCACCCCGCAAGCUCUGCUGGAGGCUUACCAGUCGUCUCCCGAGACGCUCAUGCUCGACAGACUGUCCGCCGUGGUCGUGGACGAGGUCGACUAUCUCCUCGAAUGGACAACACAGACGCGCGACAAGUACAAACGACUGAAGGCGGAACGUAUGCUGCGUAAGCACCCCACGCCGACCCGCCAGCUACUGGACGCUAUCUACCAGCCUGUGCGGCUGCCUCUCAGCGGGAAAAAGCGAAUAAAGGCUGAAAAGACGAUACAGCCCAAGCCACCGGGAGACUAUCGCCCACAGCUGGUCAUGGCGAGCGCAACGUUUCGGGCAACCUUCCGACAGUCCAUCCUAGGCGGCGGGUGGUUCCGAGAGGCGGGCGGUUGGGUGAAAAUCGCGGAUAACCUCAAGAAGGACAAGGACAUCCAUGCUCAGGAGGACAUUCGCGCGGUUUGGUCACUGGGCGGCACAUCGAUCAAGCACCAUGUUUUGGUCGUGUCGGAGACGGGGAAAGUUGAAAACCUCCGUGCCGGCGAGACAACUGAGGGCAGCCCCGAUGCGAAAACCGAAGUGCGUCGUGUGGAUGGCGAAGCACUGAAGUCAACUGUAGGAAACCCUAAAUCCGACGCGCCCGAAAGUGCAGAACCACAUCAAGACGAUAUGGACACUGAUCCAUUCAAUCCUCACCUGCUAGAAGCCAUAGCGGAAGCAUUCGCGCUGGAUGUUCCACGCCUAGCUCUGUUGGUUUUGCCGGCAUCUGCGCCUGUGCGUCAAAUUAUAGGCGAACUUCGCAAGCUCGGGGUCAACGCCCAAGGGCUGGACGUCCUCGAGGAAGCAGGGGGAGGUGCAUACCUGACUCAAGAGGCUCCCGAAGAGGUCACGGAAACACCUACCUUGUUCGUGUCCACCCUUGCCACGACCCGAGGACUGGAUCUGCCGAGUCUCACUCAUGUGUUCAUUCUCGGCCUGCCGAAGGACCGACCGGGGGACGCGUACAUGCACGCUGGUGGGCGUGUAGGGCGGUUCGGGCGCAGCGGGAAGGUCAUCACGGUUAUCGAGAAGCAAUGCCUAAUCACUACUCGCAAAGGAGAGAAACGAUGGGUGGACCAGGCCAACAUCAUUCGUAAAGCACUGACGCAGAUGGGUAUCGUGCCCACGAAACUGUCGCAUUUCGCAUAG